UGAACCUAAGACGACUCAUAUGACACCUCGUGUUAGAGUCGUCACGCGAGUUAUUUGCAAAUCUAUAAAUAUCCGACAUUUCAGUUACACGACCAUACCGUUAAGAUGGUGCUAACAACUGCUAAAGUGGUUCUAGUGCUGUUCACUGUGACGGUGGUUACAGCGGGUAACAUUGACGUUGCACGUGAAUGGAGAGAAUGGAAACAACGUUACAACAAGGUAUACAGCAACCAAACGGAGGAGACUGAACGGCGUCACGCAUGGGAAAGGGCAUUUUAUUAUAUCCGUCACCAUGGCAACAGACCAGGCGACCUCUCGUUCUCGGUAGGGAUGAAUUCAAGGGCCGAUAUGCUUCCCAGAGACUACCGAUCAGAAGUGAAUGAACUGGUACAAGGUUGGUCUAACAGUCUGCAGGAUAACAGUUUGGUUUAUGUCCCGACGUCAUUCGACUGGAGGACACGCGGAGUUAUCGCCCCUGUCUCUAACCAGGGCCAGAUUGGCAGUUCAAUAUCAAUAGUUGUCACAGAGACUCUGGAAUCAUCAGAGGCGAUCCAGACAGGUCAUAUGGUCAGACUGAGUGAGAGAGAGAUCUCCGAUUGCUGUGGCGGAGGCGGUCAUUUAAUGGGAAACGUUUUCAACUGCCUCCACGACAUAGGUGGCGUGUGCUCAGAGGCCGGGUACCCGAACCAGACUGGGCCGGCCAGGUGUAGAAACGACUCAUGUACACCGAUGGUCAAGGUACAAGGGGGCGUUAAAAUUCCAAGCGGAAGGGAGGAUCUUCUUCAACAACAUUUACUAGACCAACCCAUUAUGGCCAUGAUCGACGCAAGCCAUGCCUCCUUCCAGAUGUACAAAAGAGGUAUAUAUUUUGAAGAGAAGUGCAGUUCUACCAGCUUAGAUCACGCGGUCCAGGUCGUGGGCUUCGGAGUUGAAGACGGAAAAGAUUUCUGGAUCGUCAAAAAUAGCUGGGGUAUAAACUGGGGAAUACAUGGAUAUAUAUUGAUGAGCAGGAAUAGAAAUAAUCAGUGCGGUAUCGCCAGUGCUGCCUCAUUCCCGGCACUCGGUUAACUGUACUUGUCUGUUACCUGUUGUUGUACAAUGUCGCCCUAUCGGAAAUUGACAAUGAGAUUCACAAGUUCCAUAGAUGCAUUCACAAAGAUGAAAUAUGAUAUAUGAGGUAAAAUAUUAUACAUAAGAUUACACAUUAUGCAAAGCUGAAACAUCAUACAAAUUAACAAAAGAGAUAUUAUAGGAAAAAGUGACACAUGAUAAGCGAAAGAAUUAUAUACUACUUACUUUUUGCUAAGGAUCACUUAUAUUUUUGGUUAUAUGUGAAAAUAAAUAUUUUAUUUGGUUUAUACUAAGAUUGUUUUUUAAUAAUUGAUUGUUCUUUUAAUUCAUCAUCAUGCAAAAAUUCUAAAAAUCGUAAUUACAGUCGUAAAAAGAGCCACAGGCAAAGGGCUACCCUUAAAGUUGGUAACAACGAGGUAUUCACUAAAAAACUUAAAUUGAACAAAACUCAUCCUAAAUAAACAAACUGUUUAAGUAUCGAGUGUGACGCCCAUGAGCACCAAUUACAGCUUCACAACGUCUGCGCAUGCCCCGAGUGAGAUCGCAUAUCCGGUUUUGUGGGAUAUCGUCCAUUGAACUACUUAAGCUGUUCUCAGCUCCCGGAACGUUCUUGGCUGAACAUUUCUGGC